AUGGUUACCUCGAAGUUUACCGAGAUGCUUGAUGACUGCUCGCCACCAUCUCUUCCCUCGGCCAAUGUCACACUCGAAGACUGCCUCGAACACCGUCAAAGAUCUCCUUCAUCCAGCAGCAGUUCAAAGGGCUCCAUUGAGGGUGUCAAGUUCGCCGCUUCGACACACAGCCCUCCUGCUACGCCAACUUCGCCCAUCUCCGGACUGAUGCGAGCUUUCUCCACUAGAAGAAGAAACAACGCCCCUUGA